CAACUACAACAACAAUAUAUAAAAUGUCAGGUGUUUUUGACGGUGCCAUCGGUAUCGAUUUGGGUACAACAUACUCUUGCGUCGGUGUUUAUAUGGGAGACAACGUCGAAAUUGUUCCAAACGAUCAAGGUAACAGAACCACUCCAUCUUAUGUUGCUUUCACUGAUGAAGAACGUUUAAUCGGUGAUGCUGCUAAGAAUCAAGUUGCCAUGAACCCACACAAUACAGUUUUCGAUGCUAAGCGUUUGAUUGGUAGAAAAUUCACUGAUUCUUCAGUUCAAUCAGACAUGAAGCACUGGCCUUUCAAGGUUAUCACCAAGGGUGACGAUAAGCCAUACAUUCAAGUUGAAUACAAGAAUGAAACUCACACUUUCACUCCAGAACAAGUUUCAUCAAUGGUUUUGACCAAGAUGAGAGAUAUUGCCGAACAAUAUUUGGGUAAGCAAGUUAAGAAGGCUGUUGUUACUGUCCCAGCUUACUUCAACGACUCUCAAAGACAAGCUACCAAAGAUGCCGGUGCUAUUGCUGGUUUGGAAGUUUUGAGAAUUAUCAACGAACCAACUGCUGCUGCUAUUGCUUAUGGUUUGAACAAGAAGGGCGAAAGAAACGUUUUGAUCUUCGAUUUGGGUGGUGGUACUUUCGAUGUUUCCAUCUUGAACAUUGAAGAUGGUGUUUUCGAAGUUAAGGCUACUGCUGGUGAUACUCACUUGGGUGGUGAAGAUUUCGAUAACAGAAUGGUCGAUUUCUGUUGCCAAGAAUUCAAGAGAAAGCACAAGAAGGAUCUCCAAGAAAAUCCAAGAGCUUUGAGAAGAUUAAGAACUUCUUGUGAAAGAGCUAAGAGAAAUUUGUCUUCUGCUGCUAACGCUUCUAUCAAUGUUGAUUCUAUUAUGGAUGGUAUUGAUUUGGAUAUUACUAUGACUCGUGCUAAAUUCGAACAAAUGAAUAUGGAUAUGUUCAGAAAUUGUUUCGAACCAGUUAAGAAGGUUCUCCAAGAUUCUGGUUUGGAUAAAUCACAAAUUGAUGAUGUCGUUUUGGUCGGUGGUUCUACUCGUAUUCCAAAGGUUCAAGAAAUGCUUAAGGAAUUCUUCAAUGGUAAGGAACUCUGCAAGUCCAUCAAUCCUGAUGAAGCUGUUGCUUAUGGUGCUGCUGUUCAAGCUGGUGUUUUGACUGGUAAGGAAACUAGAGUCUUGUUGAUCGACGUUACUCCAUUGUCUUUGGGUAUUGAAACUGCUGGUGGUGUCAUGACUAAAUUGAUUGAAAGAAAUACUACUAUCCCUUGUAAGAAGUCUCAAAUCUUCACUACUUAUGCUGACAACCAAACUGCUGUCACCAUUCAAGUUUAUGAAGGUGAAAGAACCAUGACUAAGGAUAACCACUUGUUGGGUAAAUUCAAUCUUGAAGGUAUUCCACCUGCACCAAGAGGUGUUCCAAAGAUUGAAGUUACUUUCGAAAUUGAUGCUAACGGUAUCAUGAAGGUUGCUGCUAAGGAUGAAUCUUCUGGUAAGACUGAAAAUAUUACCAUCACUAACGAUAAGGGUAGAUUGUCAAAGGAAGAAAUUGACGAAAUGUUGAGACAAGCUGAAAACAUGAAGGCUCAAGAUGAUGAAUUGAGAAAGAAGGUUGAAGCUAAGAAUCAUUUGGAAUCAUAUGCUUAUCAAAUGAAGUCAACUGUUGAAGAUCCAAACCUUGCUGGUAAGAUCCCAGAAUCUGACAAGAAGACUAUUAAGGAAGCUUGUGAAGCUGCUAUUAACUGGAUUGAUAACAACCAAACUGCUUCUAAGGAAGAAUUCGAAGCUAAGCAAAAGGAAUUGGAAGGCAAGUGUGCUCCAAUCAUUUCCAAGUUGUACCAAGGUGCUGGUGGUAUGCCAGGUGCUGAAGGUGGCUUCCCAGGUGCUGGUGGUUUCCCAGGUGCCGGUGCUGCUGGUGCUGGUUCUUCCGAUGAUGCUCCUCCAUCUGGUGCUCAACCAAAAUUCGAAGAUGUUGAUGUCGACUAAGGCAUUCGUUUAAAACAAAUAAACAAUUUUGAAAAUUAAUUUAUUG